CACUAUAGGCUCUGUGCUUUGGGGACAGGGACGCAGCUUGCAAACCUGGGCAUGCUUUCCUUUGGCUAAACGUUUGUUGUUAAUCUUUAAAGCUUUGUGUGAAACAAGACAAGACUCAAACAGAUCUGUUGCCAUGGAGGAUGUUUCUAUCCUCUUUUUUCAGGUGAAGGUAAUUUAAUUUUUUUGUCAUCGGUGGCACAAGAGGACAUGCAAGGAUUUAUUCUUUCCAGAAAACUCCAGUCUAAGUUGAAGUUGUAGUCCUUCUGUGAGAACUGUGGCAACAAGCAACCAAGAUUCCCCAAUCACACUGAGAGGAGAGCAGGAGGGGGCAUGGGAGACAAUAUACCUGGAGGAAUUGUAGCUGCUGCAAAGAACCGUCUGCGGGUGUUGAAAGGCUUGGAAGAUGUGGAAGUGUCUGAGUGUGAGAGCUGCUCCUUUGAAGUGAAACUCAACCUGGCCUAUAUUGAGGGUGUGUGGACCAGAGAUGGGAUGCAGCUUAAGUCAAAGCCCAACUGGCGUAUCAGCACACAUGGGAAGAAACACUCCCUUGUACUGAACAAGGUGGCUUUGGGAGAUGCAGGCCUCUUCUCUUUUCAGGCCAACGGCAUUCAGACCUCAUGCAGACUAAGCGUCACAGCUAGGGACAUCCACAUAGUGAAGGAGCUUGAAAAUGUUGACACGAUGGAGCGUCAACCUGUGAAUUUCCUGUGUGAGGUCAACCAGGUGGACUUGGAUGGUCGGUGGUACAGAGAUGACUGCCGAAUUAGACCUGGGGACAACAUCAAGAUCAGAUACCAGGGUAAAACUCACACUCUGUUCUUCAAGUCAGUCAGGCCAGAGCAUGCUGGAGAGAUCAGAUUCACUGCAGAGCGUGUCUCGUCCUAUGCAACUCUCACAGUCAAAGAGCUCCCAGUCCAAAUAGUGCGUCCGCUGAGGGUCAAGAUAGCCAUGUAUCGUCACCGGGGUCUGCUGGAGUGCCAGGUGUCACGGCCUAAUGCUCAGGUCCGGUGGUACAAGAACAGGAAGGAGCUCCAGCCCAGUAAAAAAUACCAACUGAUCAGCCAAGAUGUCUACAGGCAGCUGACCAUCGACAACGUCUGCUCUUCAGAUGAGGACACCUACACCUGUGAUGCUGGAGAUGACAACACCUCUUGUCAGCUUCUCGUGGAGGAGCAGGCUAUCAAAAUAGUGAGGGGGAUGAGCUCAGUGGAGGUGAUGGAGCCAGAGCCAGCGCUGUUCCAAGUGGAGACCAGCCUGAAAUCAGGAAGGCCCCCCCGGUGGACCCUGAACGGUGAGGUGCUGGAGCCUAGCGCAGCAGUAAACAUCGACAGGAAAGGCACCCUCCACAGCCUCUGUCUCACCUCCACGGAAAGCUCCAUGUCGGGCCCCAUGCUCUUUGUAGCUGGCAAGAGUCGUUCCACUGCUCAGCUUACCGUCAAAGAGCGACCUCUCCAGGUUGUCCGCCACUUGGACGAUGUAGAGGCAAAAGAGAGCAGCUCUGUGACUCUGAGCUGUGCAUUUUCCCCGUCUCCCAGGGUGGUGCGGUGGUUUAAAGGGCGUACGGCUCUGAAGACCUCGAACAAGUACAGCAUGAAAAGGGAAGGGAAGCGAGCACAGCUGACCAUUCAUGGCUUGACAGGAAUGGAUGCAGGACAGUACCGCUGCAUGGCUGGGGGCUCACAGAGCACAGCUCAUGUUAAGGUUGAGGUGCGAACACUGAAGUUAGUCAAACACUUUGAGCCAGUGGAAAUAGAGGAGGAUGGCAUGGCAACAUUCUCCUGUGAGCUCAACUAUGUGGUCGCCAACGUGGAGUGGCUCCUCAACAACGUUCGCCUCUAUUGCAACGCCAUCAACAGGAUCCGGCACAUGGGCACUAUGCACAGCCUCACAAUAAAGGCGCUGCGACCACAGGAGAGCAGGGUCACAUUCAAAGCCGGCCUUCUCUCUGAGACAACCACCUUAAAGGUCAAAGAGCGCCCAGCAGUGUUCCUGAGGUCUCUGGAGGAUGCAAUAGGAGAAGAGCAAGGGGAAGUCUGCCUGCAGUGUGACAUUUCCAAAGAGACAGUGACCCCUGUUUGGAGGAAGGAUGGUAUGGUCCUUACCGCUGAUGAUAAACAUGAGUUACUCCAGUUUGGGAAGUCCAUGGCAUUGAUCAUCCAUUCCCUGAGUAAGGAUGAUGCUGGACUGUACACCUGUGACUUGGGAACCAGCCAGACCAAAGCCAAAGUUACUGUACAUGACUUACAUAUCACUAUUGUUCAGCGUAUGAAGACAAUAACUGUCUUUGAAGGCGAAAGUUGCACUUUUGAUUGUCAACUCUCUCAUGAUCUUAAUGAUGAGCCUACCUGGACCAUCAAUGGCCAGGUGUUGGUCACCAACAGCCGUAUCCAGGUUAUCAACAAUGGCCGCAACUACAGGAUGACCAUUAAAGAUGCUAUACCAACUGACGCUGGAGACGUGAUCUUCACAAUCAAAGACUUGAGCUGUAGGACCAUGCUCUUUGUUAAAGAGAAGCCAGUGCACAUCUUUAGGGAGCUGCUGAAUGUCAAGGCGGUACCUGGCGAGGAUGCAGAGCUGAGCUGUGAGAUCACCAAACCAGAAGUCACAAUCCGUUGGCUGAAAAAUGGCCAUUUGAUCAGGCAGAGCCCAAAGUAUGAAAUGAGUGUGGAGAAGAACUUGGCGCGAUUGGUGAUCAAGAAUACCACCAUCAGAGACUCUGGAGAGUACUGCUGUGAGGCCGACGGCAUUGCCUCACGUGCCAAGCUGGAGAUCAGAGAACUUCAGCACACAUUUGCGAGGGAGGUAAGGGACACACGAGCAGAGGAAAAGGGUAAAGUGACCCUGGAGUGUGAGACCAGGCGGCCAGCCAAGCGGGUGAUCUGGCUGAAGGGCAUGGUGGAGCUGAGGUCUGGUAGGAAGUAUGUCAUCAGGCAGAAGAGAGUGGUGCUGUCCCUAACCAUCACUUCACUGGAGAAAUCGGACACAGAUGUAUACACGUGUGAUGUCGGUACAAUGCAAAGCCGGGCACAGCUGACUGUGCAGGGUCAGAAGGUGUUGAUCCUGGAUGAAUUAGAGGAUGUAGAGUGUCUAGAGGGUGACACAGUCACAUUCAGGUGUCGAAUUUGUCCCAGUGAUUACAUUGGGGUCAAGUGGUAUCUGGACGAGACUUUGCUGUACACCAAUGAGCUCAAUGAGAUCCAGAUGUUGCCAGGAGGCUUCCACACCCUCACAUUUAGACAACUUGCCCGCAAAGACACUGGCACUGUCUCGUUUGCAGCAGGGGACAAAAGAUCGUACGCCUCAAUGUUGGUUAGAGAGAGACGUCCCACCAUCAUUAAAGCGCUUGAAGACUGUGAGGCUAUUGAAGGAGGUGGUUUGGUUUUGUCUUGUGUGGCCUCCAAGCCAUGUCACAUCUUGUGGUACAAAGAUGGCUGCCUGAUGUGGAACUCUUCAAGGUAUUUUGCCAGUCGUUCCGGCUGUGAGGCCCGGCUGACGAUUCGGGAGGUCUGCAACAACGAUGCCGGAGUGUACGAGUGCAGUGCCGGAUCUGUUACAACUAGGGCUGUUGUAACUGUCAAAGCCAUCCCAGCAGAGUUCACCCAGUCUCUUAAGACUAUGGAGGCCAAAGAGGGAGAGACCGUGACCCUGACCUGUGAAUACUCUCUGCCUGGGGUCCAGUUCCACUGGAGGAGAGGUUUUGAGAGUAUCAGGCCUGGAGAUAGGUACCUGAUGAAACAGAGAAAGACCAUUAAUUCCCUGACAAUCAAAGCCCUGAAGCCUGAUGAUUCAGGAGAAUAUACCUGUCAGUGCAGAGACCACCAUACUACAGCAAGCCUCAAAGUCCAUGCUGUUCCUAUUACAUUUGUACAACAGUUAAAGGACAUGCAAGCAGAGGAGGGAAGCAAUGUCCUAUUGCGCUGUGAGCUGUCUAAACCUGGAAUUCCAGUAGAAUGGAGGAAAGGACAUGAUCUGUUAAAGAAUGGCGUUAAGUACCAGAUAAGGAAAAGGGAGACCAGCCUGGAGCUUCUGAUUUGGAAGCCUGUUCCUGACGACAGUGGGGUCUACAGCUGUGUGUGUGCUGAUCAAAUGACAUCUGCCACUGUCAAAAUCACUGCUCUCCCAGUUACCUUCAAGCAGAAGCUGAGGAAUGUCCUGGUUGAGGAGGGCAGCACUGCGGCUUUACGCUGCGAGCUGUCCAAGUCUGGUCACGCUGUGGAGUGGAGGAAGAGGGGGAAUGAACUCAUCCGGAGUGGGGAGAAAUAUCAAAUGCGGCAGAGAGACAUGCUUAUUGAACUGAGGAUCUUUGAUGUUACACCUGAGGACAGCGACAUCUACACAUGCAUGUGUGGGAACAUAGAGACCACUGCAACACUGACUGUUAAUGCUCUUCCCAUCAUCUUUAAGCAAAAACUGAAGAACCUCCAAGUAGAGGAAGGACAUAACAUCACACUAUAUUGUGAGAUCUCUAAAGCGGGAGUCCCAGUGGAGUGGAGGCUUGGAGGAGAUCUGCUGGAGAACGGAGAGAAGUACCAGAUUAAGCAGAGGGACUCAGCCCUGGAGUUGAUCAUCAGAGAUGCUGAACCAGAGGACAGCGGGAUCUACACCUGUGUUUGUAGAGAGCAGAGAACAAAGGCCACUGUUAAAGUUAUCGCUGUUCCCGCCACAUUUAAAGUAAGUCUGAAGACCCAGGAGGCCGAAGAAUGUUGCAGUGUGACAUUACGCUGUGAGCUUUCAAAGAAGGGAGUCGCGGUACAGUGGCAGAGAGGGACUCAGGUGCUGUCUGGAGAGAUGUAUCGAGGAAAGUAUCAGAUGAAGCUGGAAGAAAAGAUAGCUCAGAUGACUAUUCUCAACAUCCAACCAGAAGAUGCAGGGAAAUACAGCUGCCUCACAGGAGAUGAGAAAACCACUGCUGAAGUCAAAGUAAAAUAGCGGCCCAUCAAAUUCCUUCAAGAACUGAAGAAUAUUCAGGUGCAGGAGGGCAAUGGAGUGACGCUCUGCUGCGAGCUUUCCAAACCAGGCAUUCCAGUGCAGUGGAAGAAGGGAGACAAUGUGUUGACCAACGGGGAGAAAUACCAGAUAAAGCAGAGCGGCACCACCCUGGAGCUCCUCAUCAGGAAAAGCCAGCCUGAGGACAGUGGCACAUACAGAUGUGUUUGUGAAGACCUAAAAACGACUUGCACUGUCAUCAUCACUGCGAUCCCAGUGACUUUCAAGCAAAAGUUGAAGAACCAGGAAGCUGUGGAGGAGGGCAGUGUGAUACUGCGCUGUGAGCUUUCUAAACCAGGAGUUUCAGUUGAGUGGAGGAAAAAUGCUCAACUUCUGAAGGAAGGAGAAAAAUACCAGAUGAAGCAAGAAGGCAGGAUGGCUGAGAUGAUAAUCACAAAUUUAACUCUCUCAGAUUUGGGGGAGUACAGCUGUUUUGUUGGCACUGCUGUGACUUCAGCUGACAUCAAAGUAAGAGCAAUUCCUGUAACAUUUAAACAAGCACUGGAGAAUUUGGAGGUAAAAGAAGGAGACAGUGGAGCUUUCUGCUGUGAGCUCUCCAGACCUGGAGCUCCAGUUGAAUGGAGGAAAGGCAGAGUCAUCCUCAAACCUGGAUACAAAUAUGAGAUGAAACAGGAGGGACGUCUCACUAAACUGAUCAUCAACAACAUGGAGGAAAGUGAUGCCGGGAAAUAUACUUGCAAGACUAAAGACACCCAAUCAACUGCUGAGCUCACCGUCAAAGCUCCUCCCAUCCAAUUCAAGACAAAGUUAAGGAACCAGCAAGUGGAGGAGGAGAAUAGCGUGAUGUUGAUCUGCGAGCUGUCAAAGCCCGGCCUUGCUGUGGAGUGGAGGAAAGGACAAGAGCUGCUGAAGAAUGAUUUCAAGUACCAGAUUAAAAAUCGAAACAGCAGUAUGGAACUUAUCAUCAAAAACACACAGCUAGAGGACAGCGGAAUUUACAGCUGUAUCUAUGGCGACAUCAAGACCACAGCCAACAUCACCAUUACACCUAUCCCCCUCACCUUUAAAAUGGGUCUGAAGAACCAGGAGGCCCCUGAAGGAGGCAAUGUGACCCUUCGCUGUGAGCUGUCCAGGGCUGGGGUGCCUGUGCAGUGGUGGAAGGCGGAGGACCAGCUCUAUCCCGGGGGAAGAUAUCAGAUGACAUUGAAGGGGAGGACAGCCGAAAUGCACAUCAAAAACAUCCAGCCCGAGGAUGUUGGGGAGUACAGCUGCGUCUUGGGGGAGCAGAAGACCACGGCUGAAGUCAACGUGAGAGCGGCAGCAUCAGUGUUCUUUGAGAAGGAACUGGAGAGCCAAGCGGUGAUGGAGGGGAAAUCUGUGCUGAUGUCUUGUGAAGUUUCCAGUGCUAAUGUCCCUGUCACUUGGAAGAAGGACAACAAUGUGGUAGAAGGUGAGCGAUACAUUUUAAAGAAGAAAGGCCCCACACACACCCUGGAGAUCAAGAAACUGCUAAUGGAGGAUGCUGGAGAGUACUGCUGCAUCUCCAGAGGCAAGAAGACCACUGCCAAGCUGAUUGUGAGGGAGCGCGUGCGGAUUGUUACAGAGCUGCAAGGUAUAACGGUGACAGCGGGUGAGGAUGCAGUGUUUGUGUGUGAGCUGAGCCAUGCAGACGUGAGUGAGGGUGUCUGGUGGCUUGGCUCCAGCCCUCUGCAGAAGAACGAGAUGAACCAGAUGACGUGCCAGGGUCGCCAGCACCGACUUGUCCUUACUAUGACAACACCUGAGGAGACGGGCAUUGUGGCAUUUGUGGUUGGGGAGGAGAGAACCUCUGCACGUCUGCUAGUUGUUCCUAAGGUCCAAGUUUUAUUUGAGGAAAAGCCUAAAGACGUUGUGAUCACGGAAGGAGAGACGGCUACUUUGUCCUGCACAACCUCGGAUUUCACAUCCCCUGUUACCUGGACCCGCAACCACAUCCCUCUCCGAAAUGGUGAUAAAUAUGAGAUACUUAAGAAGGGAAAAGUAAACCUAUUGCUUAUCCGUGAUGUGGAUCCCCUGGAUACUGGCACAUACUGCUGUGAUACAGGAGAUGUGCAGACGAGUGCUAUACUUACUGUAACAGAGCUCCCGCCAUUCUUUCAAGAAGAAUUGCAGAGUGUGGAAGUUGAGGAGGGAGGUACAGCCUCUCUUUACUGUGAGCUUUCUAAACUUGGAGUGCCGAUUCAGUGGAAGAAGAACAGGCUCCCAAUAAGAGCCAGCAGAAACUACGAGAUCAGGCAGGAUGGCUGCCUCCUCCAGCUCCACAUCAAGGAUCUCAGACUUGAGGACAGUGGAAGCUACUCAUGUCAAGCAGGAAGUGCAGAGACCACUGCUACUGUGACAGUGAAAGAGCUUCCUCCAUUUUUCAAGAGAGAAUUAAAAGGUGUGGAGGCUGAGGAGGGAGGUGCAGCCUGUCUGUCGUGUGAGCUGUCUAAACCUGGAGUGUCAGUACAAUGGAAGAAGAACAGGCGGCCACUGAGAGCCAGCAGGAAGUAUGAGAUGAAACAAGAUGGCUGCCUCCUCCAGCUGCACAUCAAGGAUCUCAAACCUGAGGACAGCGGCAGCUACACAUGUCAAGCAGGGAGUGCAGAGACCACUGCUACUGUGUCAGUGAAAGAGCUCCCUCCAUUCUUUAAGAAAGACAUAGUUAGUGUGGAGACUGAGGAGGGAGGUACAGCCUCUCUGUGCUGUGAGUUGUCUACAGCCGGAGUGUCAGUACAAUGGAAGAAGAACAGGCUGCCACUGAGAGUGAACAGGAAGUACGAGAUGAAACAAGAUGGCUGCCUCCUCCAGCUCCACAUCAAGGAUCUCAAACCUGAGGACAGCGGCAGCUACACAUGUCAAGCAGGAAGUGCAGAGACCACUGCUACUGUAUCAGUGAAAGAGCUCGUACCAUUCUUUAACAAAGAGUUACUAAGCGUGGAGGCUGAGGAGGGGGGUGCAGCCUCUCUGUGCUGUGAGCUGUCCAAAACUGGAGUGUCAGCACAGUGGAAGAAGAACAGGCUGCCACUGAAAGCAAACAGGAAGUAUGAGAUGAAACAAGAUGGCUGCCUCCUCUGGUUAUACAUCAAGGAUCUCAAACCUGAGGACAGUGGAAGCUAUACAUGUCAAGCAGGAAGUGAAGAGACAACUGCUACUGUAUCAGUGAAAGAGAUCCCGCCAUUCUUUAAAGAAAACUUACAAAGCUUGGAGGCUGAGGAGGGAGCUGCAGCCUCUCUGUGCUGUGAGCUGUCUAAAGCUAAAGUGUCAGUACAGUGGAAGAAGAACAGGCUGCCACUGAGAGCCAGCAGGAAGUAUGAGAUGAAACAAGAUGGCUGCCUUCUCCAGCUUGACAUCAAGGAUCUCAAACUUGAGGACAGCGGCAGCUACACAUGUCAAGCAGGAAGUGCAGAGACCACUGCUACUGUAUCAGUGAAAGAGCUCCCUCCAUUCUUUAAGAAAGACAUCGAUAGUGUGGAGGCUGAGGAGGGAGGUACAGCCUCUCUAUACUGUGAGUUGUCUAAACCUGGUGCAUCAGUACAAUGGAAGAAGAAUAGACUUCCACUCAGAGCCAGCAGGAAGUAUGAGAUAAAGCAAGAUGGCUGCCUUCUCCAGCUCCACAUCAACAAUCUCAAACCUGAGGACAGCGGCAGCUACACAUGUCAAGCAGGAAGUGCAGAGACCACUGCUACUGUAUCAGUGAAAGAGCUUGUACCAUUCUUCAACGAAGAAUUACAAAGCAUGGAGGCUGAGGAGGGAGGUUUAGUCUCCCUGUACUGUGAGCUGUCUAAACCUAACAUAUCGGUACAAUGGAAGAAGAACAGGCAGCCAUUGAGAGCAAACAGGAAGUAUGAGAUGAAACAGGAUGGCUGCCUCCUCCAGCUCCACAUCAAGGAUCUCAAACCUGAGGACAGUGGCAGCUACACAUGUCAAGCAGGAAGUGCAGAGACCACUGCUACUGUAUCAGUGAAAGAGCUCCCUCCAUUCUUUAAGGAAGAAUUACAAAGUGUGGAGGCUGAGGAGGGAGGUACAGCCUCUCUGUGCUGUGAACUGUCUAAACCUGGAGUGUCAGUACAGUGGAAGAUGAACAGGCUGCCUCUGACAGCGAACAAGAAGUAUGAGAUAAAGCAAGAUGGCUGCCUCCUCCAGCUCCACAUCAAAAAUCUCAAACCUGAGGACAGCGGCAGCUACACAUGUCAAGCAGGAAGUGCAGAGACCACUGCUACUGUGACAGUGAAAGAGCUCCCACCAUUCUUCAAGGAAAACUUAGAAAGUGUCGAGGCUGAAGAGGGAGGUACAGCCUCUCUGUGCUGUGAGCUGUCUAAACCUGGAGUGUCACUACAGUGGAAGAAGAACAGGCUGCCACUGAGAGCAAACAGGAAGUAUGAGAUGAAGCAGGAUGGCUGCCUCCUUCAGCUGCACAUCAAGGAUCUCAAACCUGAGGACAGCGGCAGUUACACAUGUCAAGCAGGAAGUGCAGAGACCACGGCUACUGUAUCAGUGAAAGCACUAGAGCUUACUCCACCAAAGGCAGAGCCUUCCACAAUACUGCCCCGGGAAAAGGGCACUGUUUCCAAACCGACUCCUACUCUAGAGAACCAAACGCCUGGACUCCAAGAGGCUAAGCCUGUUCCUCCAGAGCCCAAAAAGAGAACUAAUAGGAAAGCAUCUAUUACAAGUUUAGAAAAACACAUGGAGUCAAUAUUUGACCUAAAACAGGGCAUCCAACCUGCAAGAUCUGUGGAGACGGACUUUGAUGUUGCACAGAAGGUAACACAACAGGAGAAGCAUGGGAAGAAAGACAAUGAGGUGUAUAAGGAAAUUGACAAGACAGUGAGACUACUGGAGAAGGGUGAUGGGGUUGACAAGAAGGCGGAAGAGCCAGCAAGGCCUUUGGAAAGGGAGAAAGAUGUUUUCAUAGAGAAGAGACAACCAGGAACAAAUUCUGAGAAAUUACUCAAAGUCGACCGUGACGCAAGUCAGUUAGACAGGGUUCAGGCAGACACUUUGUUUGAACAAAAGAAAAGGGGAAAUGAAGUUGAACAGAGCUCAAAACAAGGAGGAAAGCCUUCAGAGAAAACAAGUGAAGUUGAGAAGAAGGAAAGCCAUCCAGGAAAAGUUCUGUGGCAGAAUCGGCAAGAUGAAAAACAGCCUGUGAAACUGUUAGAUACGUUUAGUGGUAGUAAAACAAUAAAGGAACAAGAAGAGAAGUCCACAGAAAAGGAGGGCAAAGUAGAGGAAGAAGAACCUUUUAAACCACCAGUAAGAUCUAAAGGAAAGGCAACAGGGGUGAAGGAGCUGCUUAAACAUGGUCCAAAGGAAACUCAGGAGAUCAUUAUCCAAUCAGUGAAGCCUACUUUAAAUGAUUCUGAAGACCAUAAACAGAGAGACCAUGUGAAACAUGUGUCCAUAGAGGCAGAGAGAGAGGAAAAGCCACUUAAACUAGUGCCGUCUGUAAAUCAGCUGGACAAAAAGUCAGUAGAACAACCAGUAAAGACUUUAGAAAAAGAAGCUGCAUUUGCUCCUCCAAAACCACCCAUGAGGAUCAAAAGCAAAGCAAAGGGGGGAAUGAAAAAAGAAUCAUCAAGGGACACAGAGACAGAUCAAGAUGAUGGGCAGAUGACAAGUGUUGAGGUGAAAACAACAGAUGAUCAGCCCAUUCCAAAUGCAUUAGGGUCUUUGAAAAAAGAGGUUGAAGAGAAACCAAUAAUCGAGAAGAAACAAUCAGUAACAACAGACAUUGAGAUAGUUGAGAAAAUUAAGCAACCUGUGAAAGCUGAGGAUAAAGAUGGAAACACUAAACAGCCGAUUAAACAACCAGUUAAACCCAUGAGAAAAGAACCGGAACUGGUGCAGGACAUGAAACUUGUAGUCGAGCCAAUGAAAAGUGAGGAAGAACGACAAAGAACAAAGACGACAGAAGACAUUCCUCUCCUCUAUAUUUCUGAAGAUGAAACUUUCUUAGAGGCUUUGAUUGACAUACCAGCCAACCACAGCAAUGUCCAGGCCCCUGGCAGUUUUGUUGAAGGGUCCACCCAACCCGCUACUCUUCCUCCAAUUAAUGUGCCGCAGAAAGCACAACCACCAAAUGACGGUACACCGGAGAUUGACAUCAGGGUUGAUGACGAACCACAGAUGAAAGAGGCUGCAGUCAAGAUCCAGGCUGCCUUCAAAGGCUACAAAACCCGCAAAGACAUGCGACCUGUCUUUAAAGAGGUGUUUAAGAACCAGAGUGCAAAUCUUCAUGGUACAGUCACUCUAGUGUGUAUUGUAGAAGGAAAAGUCAGCACAGCACGCUGGCUAAAACAAGGCCAACAAAUCCUUAAUGACCAGCGACGCCAUGUUGAGACUACAGAGAACGGUGUAUGCACACUGGUGAUAAAAAACCUGACUACCUUUGACAGUGGAAUCUAUACAUGUGAGGUGGUGAAUAUGUUUGGUAUGACCUCCUACAAUGGAAAUGUAACAGUAGUACAGCCACAGAAGCCUGUUCCGGCAGUCCAAAAGCCUGUACACCCUCCACUUGCAGCCAUAACACCUCUGCAACUCGCCUCGGCAAAGCUUGAGGCCCAGGCCAAAGCACAGACUCAGGAUCUGCCUGAGACUCAAACCCAGAUACCCACUUCAGCUACAGAUGCAAACUACGUAGAAAAUGUGAGCGUGUCUCUGUGGGAGGCCUACAACCUGACGGAGAAGAACACUCAGAUGAGCCUACAAGAGAGGAGAGGAUCCUCACUCAUUACUGCCAGCUCUAUGUCGAGUCCCUCGGAUUAUGACACAGCUCCAGAUGUGAUGGAACCUGCUGAGACUGGCUCAGCUGUACCAAGGGAAGUGACAAAAGGAGCAGACAAAGUGCCUCCAAAAGAUGAUAAAAAACAGAUGGUUCCUCCACAAUCUCCGAAGAAACUACUGAAGAUCAAAGGGGCUCAGGAAAGUAGAAUGAGGACACCCUCUCCUAAGCACCAAUGCGCUCAAACACCCUUAACUAGUGCUGUCUCUGGAUCAGAGUCGGAAGGGGAAGAGGACAGACGAGAGACAUUUGAAAUGUAUGUGGCCCGAGCUGAUUGCAGUCCGAACAGCGGAAAAAAGGACAGUUUUGUUCUGAAGGAGGGCCAGUUUGUAGAGGUCCUGGACUCUGUUCAUCCAGACAAGUGGUUGGUGAGGACCAAACCCACCAAAACCAACCCUGCUCGACAGGGAUGGGUGUGUCCAGCCUACCUGGAGAAGAAAAGGAAGGAAACCUUCCCGCAACUGAGAGCACCUCAAGAGGAUCUUGAUGGAAUUGGGUCUACAGGAGAAGAGUACAGGAGAGCUCUGAGCCAGCUGAUCCGAGGCCUGAUUGAUGGAGAAGAGGAGUUUGUAAAGGAGAUGAAGAUGUUUACCUCUCACCAGCUGAAUUAUUUGGAUUCUAGCCGCCACGUCCCCAUUCACAUCCUUAACCAGAAGGAGAUCAUUUUCAGAAAUAUCAAGGACAUUGUGCUUCUGCAUGAGAGGUCCAUCCUUCUUGGACUGAGAGAGUGUGGCACAGACGACGAUGUGGCUAUGCAUCUGAUCAAACACACAGAGGACUUUGAGAAGUAUCUUCACUACAUGGUGGGACAAGCACAAGCAGAGGCCUGCAUCACUGACAAGGCUGUCCAACAGUAUUUCAAAGAGUUACCAGAAUCUGGUAAGCUUGAAGACCCUGUCAUGGAUGUCCUUACCUUCCUCCAGCGACCAGUGGAGAGGAUUCAAACUUACCAGGCUUUACUAAAGGAGCUGAUCAAGAACAAAGCCAAGAGUGGACAGAGCUGCUGUCUUUUGGAGGAUGCCUUCUCCAUGGUGUCCUGUCUACCCUGGAGGUCUGACAACCUGCACCAGGUGUCCCUCAUUGAGAAUUACCCAGCUCCUCUAAUGGCCCUGGCCGAGCCCGUGCGUCAGGGAGUCUUCACAGUGUGGGAGGAAUCUCCAGACAUCAAGACGGGCUCUAGAGGGCAUCAAAGACAAGUCUUUCUCUUCAAGGAAUGUAUUGUACUGUGUAAACUUAAAAGAGACAUCAGGAUGAACAGUGACACCUUCAUCUUCAAGAACAAAAUGAAGCUGAAUGAUGUGGACAUAAAGGAGACUUUGGGCGGAGAUGAAAAGUCUUGGGGGUUGUGGCAUGAGCACAGGGGCUCAGUGCGGAAGUAUACACUACAAGGACGCUCCACCCUGGUCAAACUCUCCUGGCUCAAGGACCUGAAGGAGCUACAGCAACGUUCCAGCCUGCCCACUAACAGCCCACCAGUGUUUGAAGCACCAUUGUCUGACUGCACAACAAAGAUAGGACAGACAAUCAAAUUGACCUGUAAGGUCACAGGAUCACCAAAACCGGUGGUCAGCUGGCUCAAAGACGGCCUUCCUUUAGAGGACGACCCUCGUCACAUCAUCACGGCAGACCGAUCAGGAAACUGCUGUCUCAUCCUGGACAGCCUCACUGCAGAGGAUUCUGGACAGUAUGCCUGCUAUGCUCUCAGCUGCAUGGGCAGUGCUGGUAGUCUGUCUAAGGUUGUGGUGUGCGCUCCACCUAGAUUUGUGUGUCGGUUGGAGAGUGCUUGUCUGAUAGAAGGAGAGAAUAUACAGUUUACUUGCUCCACACUUACUACUCCUUUACCACGAAUCAGGUGGUUGAAAGAUGGCAGAGAGUUGACUGACCAGCAAAAAUACGUCAUCCUGAAUGAUGCUCUGAGUGGAAUCUUGUGUCUGGUGGUCAUCAGUGCAACAGAGGCGGAUAUUGGACAGUAUGAGUGUGAGCUUUGGAAUGAGUUUGGCUGCAUCAAGUGCAAGGCAGGUCUGUGCCCCGCUUACAUACCACCGAUCGACAUUGAGGAUGACCAACCACAGGACUUACCUUCUAAAGAUGCAGAUUCAGAGGGCUGGUCAUCUGCCUUUGUGAAGAAAUGGCUGCAGACGGAUUUCAGUCCGACCUCUAUUGCUAAGAUGCUCUUCCCUCCGGGACACCCUGAACAAACUGAAUGUAGCACUGAGGAGCCUGUUUCUGCCUCUACAUCCAUGGAUCAGGCGAUACAGCAGCCUGUGUGUUACCUUGAGGAGGAAGAGGAGAUUUACAUAUCGGAGCAAAUGCAGGAAAUUGCAGAUGCUCCUCCCUCCAUCCAGGUACCCACUGAGGAUCUGUGUGUAGAGCCAGGCCAACCAGCUACAUUCACUGCCAUCAUCACAGGAAGGCCGACUCCUAAUAUACAGUGGUACAAGGAUGGAGAGGAGCUUGCAGCGAAUAAUAAUGUAGAGAUAGUACAACAUGGCGCCCGCUGCACAGUGACCAUCGUGUGCCCCGAGGGUGAGGACAGCGGCAUAUAUACCUGCUUGGCCUACAAUGACUCUGGCCAUGUCUCAUGCCAGGCGGAGCUGACAGUGGAGGAAGGCCCACUGGAGUGUCAGGAAAGAGAGGUGGAGCUUGGAAAGAGAAGGAAGUUAUUCUCCAUCUAUGAUGUCCAUGAGGAAAUUGGAAGGGGAACCUUCGGGGUAGUAAAGCGAGUUGUCCACAGAAGAACAUGUGAAGUAUUUGCUGCCAAGUUCCUGCCUCUGCGGAGCAGCACUCGGACCAGGGCCUUCCAGGAAAGGGACUUGUUAUCCCGUCUGGCUCACCCCAGAGUUGCCUGCCUGCUGGAUUUCUUUUGUACCAGACACACUCUGGUGCUGAUCACAGAAAUCUGCUGUUCUCAUGGACUUCUGGACCAUUUAUUUCUAAAAGGAUCCGUCUCUGAGAGAGAGGUUCAGUCAUACAUCCAGCAAAUCCUGGAAGGAGUUGGUCACAUUCACAGCAUGAACAUUUUGCACCUGGACCUUAAACCUGAUAAUAUACUCAUGGUGUAUCCGCCCAGAGACGAGAUCAAGAUCUGUGACUUUGGCUUCUGCCAAGAAAUAGACACAUCCAGACACCAAUACAGCAUGUUUGGUACACCAGAGUUUGUUGCCCCUGAAAUUGUUCACCAAGAACCAGUCACUGUGGCCACCGAUAUUUGGUCUGUAGGUGUUAUGGCCUAUUUAUGUCUGGUGUGCCGUUGCCCUUUUGCGGAAGCGACAGACCGUGCUACACUGCUGAGGGUGGGGGAGGGGACCCUGAACUGGGAUGCCCCUGACGUCUCCUCAAGGAGCCCUGAUGCCCAGAACUUUCUCCACAUGCUCCUUCAGCCAGAUCCAGAGAAACGACCAUCUGCCUUUGAGUGCUUGAGCCACGAAUGGCUCCAGGACGAAUAUGCGGGAGAAGAUACGGAUGAAAUCAACACCAAAACUUUGAAAAUCUUCAUCUCAAAAAGGAAAUGGCAGCGUUCGUUGACUUGCAUUGGCUCAGUUCUCACGUUGAGGCUCAUCCCUGAGCUGCUGGACGCUCCUCUCAGAGAGACUGCAGUGACAGUGCCUCGUGAGCCCCAGGAGCACAGCAGCACCUCUGUGAGCAGUGGCUCCUCAUCCGAGUAUGACGAAGCUGACUCUUGGGACUUUUUCCAGCACUACAGCCCAACUGAGGAGGAGGAAGAAACUGAGGAGGACUAUGAUUCUUUAACGGAGAGAGCGCACAUCCCUGAGCCUUUUGCCAAACUCCAUCUAGAUGCAGAGGAGGAAGUGACAUUAGGGGAGGAAGAGGAGGAGGAGAUGAUAGGAAGAAGGAGUGUACUGGAGCGGAGUAUGAGCAGGCAGUCGGUUGUGUCAUCAGAUGUGUCCGGCCAACAGACACCUCACAGGGAGCGUCGGUUCAGCAAGGACAGCAGUCAAUCUCUCUACCUUUCUGAUGGAAGUGAGGGUUCAGGCAGUGACGGAGCUCGUAUCCCUCGUGGUAGCGUCAUCCGAAGCACUUUCUACAGUACAUCUCAUCAGCUUUCCCCCAUGUCUGCCAGACACAUGACAUUACGGGACAAAUUCCAGGUGAAAAAGCAGGAAAGAGGCCGCAAACCACUCCGGAGAAGCUUUUCUGGACGUCUCAAUGAGCCUCUUAUUGAGUAUGUGGAGGAUGAGACAGAGACCAAUCGUGGCCAAAGACGGGGAUCUGUCCAGCCUACAAUGCAGAAGUCCUGUUCCUUUGACAGUGGUGUUGGCCUUGCCCACACCAAUGUACCCCCUCACAGGAGGAGCAAGUCUCUUGAUGAGUAUUCACGGCGAUCUCCCAGCUCGCCCAAGUGCACAAAGUCGGGUGAAGAAGAAGGCUCUCAAAGUCUAAAGGAAGAUGUAACAGAUGAUGAAGUUGCAGGGAGAGGAUUGUUGGCCAUCCCGAGCCCUCAGCAACCCACAAGAAGAAGAGGCUCUGUCGCUCCAAUACAAGGGACUUGCUUGCCAAGUGGAUCCUCUGUUGCCUCAAGCCUCCUUGCUGGAGACAGAAUGUGCCCCAGGCUGGAUCAGGAGCAGACAGCGGUUGACACCUUCGCUGGCUCCCAGGGGUCUCUUGCUGAGUCGUCUAUUUUAGAGCAGGGUGGCUCUGAGUCUUCAAGCAGAUUUGGCUCCUAUGAGGAGCUGAGUCAUGGUCAUCUUAGAGCAAGACAUAGAUCAGGAGAGAGGGAAGUGUAUGAUGAUCAAGGGGAGCCUCUGAUUCCACCAUCCCCAUGCUCAUUCCAAGAGGUUAAACCGGGAAGCUUGUUACCCAAGGCCCCGCCACGUAACCGCACCCGCUCCAACCCCAACUUAUCCACAAACAGCAGGGGUCAGCUAGGGACCUCACUAACAGUGAGCCCCAGUCCCAGCCUCUCUUCUCUGCAGGCUCCAGAGAGGCCUCCAAGAGCCAAGGACAGGAAGGAGGGCUGUGGCCUCCAAAGGCAUGCAUCUGCUCCGGCCCUCGAAGCUCGGCCACCUACAGGAAAGUCCCCCAAGCUGGGACUGCUGAAGAUCUUCCGCAGGCAGUCCUGGACGAGCCAUUCAUACUCCCAGCUGGACAACACAGAGUUAGGACCCACACUAGGAGAGAUCAUGAAGCCAGAUACUCCCACCAUGUCUCUGAGGAAAAAAAUGAGAGCUUCAGCCUCCAGCCUGACCAAGCUGUUUUCCAGGUCUUCUAGUAAGGAGGAUGUGAAUAAAGGAGGGCCGAUAGUUAAAGAUUCACCUCACAUCACACCGGAAAGGCAGCAUAGAACUGGUCUUGAGAGUCCAAAAAAGAGGAACUCCAAACUUUUACCUUCUUUUAAAAUACCUGCAUUCAAAACGACAAAAGAUCUGCUGGCCCGUCCCAACAAGGCUGAAGUGCUCCAGUUAGAUGGAGGUGGAGUCCUGCUGGUUUGGAAACCAGUCCAGUCCAGUAACCCUGUCACCUACUGUGUGCAGUACUGUACAGAAGGUGGGGAGUGGACAGUCCUGUCGGAGGAGGUGACUGACAGCUGCUAUGUGGUGAAGGACUUACCCAGAGGAGCCUCUUAUGUGUUCAGAAUGGGUUGCAUCACCAAGACAGGAGCAGGACCUUUCAGUGAUGCUUCAGCACCUGUUGUCAUGGCUACUCAUCCUGAAGACAUUCACAUUCCUCUAAUCCAGACUGAGUCACUGGGGUCGAAGGUCACUGGGUCAGAACAACAGACAACACACAAGAACUACAAUUUCCUCUCUGAGGUCAACAGGGGUCGUUUCAGCAUAGUUACCCUGUGCAGGGAUGCUGAGACCAGCCAAGUGUUUGUUGCCAAGAUCACCCCUUACCAGGCAGAGCAGAGACAAUUGGUGCUGAGGGAAUACCAGCUGCUGAAGAGGCUUCAUCACACACACCUGGUGCAGCUACACACUGCCUAUUUCACCUCCUGCUACCUGGUGUUAGUGGAGGAGCUUUGUCCCGGCAGGGAGCUGCUCUACAGUUUGGCAACGAGAGAUCUGUACGCAGAGACUCACGUUGCCGAGCUGCUGGUUCAAAUUCUGAGUGCAGUUGACUACCUUCACAGCCGUCGAGUCAUCCACCUGGACCUGAAGUCUGACAACAUGCUGGUGGAUGAUUGCAACCACCUGAAGAUAGUUGACUUGGGCUCGGCUCAGUCCUUCACACCCGGUCAGCCUGUCAACAUCGAGCACAUCCAAGGCCUGUCAGAGAGCAAAGACUGCCGCAGCAAAGUUUAUAUUGUCCUUCCUAAAGCUCCGGAAAUCCUGGAAGGUCACGGUGUUGGGCCAGAAACUGACGUUUGGGCUAUUGGAGUCCUGUCGUUCAUCAUGUUAAGUGCCGACAGCCCGUUCCAUGCAGAGCAUAGCUGGGAGCAAGACAGAAACAUCAAGAAAGGGAAGAUCCAGUUUGGGCGCUGUUACCCUGGUCUGUCAGAGGGAGCCUUAAACUUCAUGAAGAGCAGCAUGAAUAACAAAUCCUGGGGGAGACCCACUGCAGCCGAGUGUCUCCAGAACCCGUGGCUGCGUGCCCAUCGUGGCCCACACAAAGGCCGACACUCCAAAGUGUGUUUCUCCACAGACAAGCUUAAAGAUUACCUCAAGCAGAAAGAGGAGAAACGAGACCAGGUCCGCACUAAGAUUCAGGGCCCCUUCUUCCAGUAAGGCAACACUGUGAGGGGUUCUUUUACUAUUGGCUUUUCCUAGAAGCUAUAAUCAGAACAUUUCAUUUUCAGUUUCCUGUGUGGCUCAUUUCUAACUAGCUGGAGCCAUAGAAACCAUUAUAGUGUCCUCUGAUUUUGAAAUUGUGAUGCGUCUUAAUACAUUUUUAUAGUGUACUUAUCCAUUAGCUUGUAUAUGUUAGUGUGCUGCAUUGUUUGUGCUUUGGUUUGUAUGAAAACAUAGCAGGGAUAAGGUUUAGUCAAAGAGUGCAUGAGUUGUAAAAUUUAGAUUUUGUAACAUGUGAAACUGUUGUUUUGCUCCUCAGUGUCAAACCGUUUUUUUUCAGGCAGAGUUUGGCCAAACAUGCAAUCAGUUUUCUUGUAAAUGUACACAUAUUGCCUUAAAUUUAUGAUGUACAAAUGGAAAAUCAAUUAGAUUUUUGAAUGCUUCAUAAUAGUUAAAUAUUGGAUAGUCAACCACCCGAAUGAGUUGAUAAAUGAAAGAUGAAUUAAAAAGCACAAAAGUGGUCAAGUCA